CAGUAUCAUGACUCCUGACUGUUUCAGGUCAGGGGAAGCUUCACCGCCAGCCCAGUAUGGACCAGAGAGAGAGUCGGCCGUGUUUCUCAACGGGGAAGGCCCUACAUCAUGAGCAGCCCAGCGUAAGUAAACAGAAAUUCCUUUAUAGCUACAGAGUACUUUAUAUUUGAUAGAUAACAGGCUGAGCAGUCCAGCGUAGGUAAACAGAAAUUACUGAUCAGGCUGAGCAGCCCAGAACUUUAAGUACAACCUCAUCAGCCUACAACCUCAUCAGCCUACAACCUCAUCAGCCUACAACCUCAUCAGCCUACAUCCUCAUCAGCCUACAACCUCAUCAGCCUACAUCUGAAACACAACAUUUACAUGUCAGGUGGUGUUGUGCUUUUAUGUCUUUCUCAACUGGUUUAUGGCUUCCAGCAAAGGCUAACUGAAAGUAGUUUCAUUUAACGGUUCACUUACGUUCAAUACCUUGUAGCCACAAGUGUCAAACCCCGGUGCCGUAUUGGUUGACUAAAUAGUCCUAUUAUUUUACUUAACGCUAGAACGGCUGGGCCUUGAGGGACUCCUUCAUCAUUCUGACUGCAACAUUCGAACAGUGUAAUUUAAUACAUUUCAUAUAUGCUAUCCCUAAAAUAAUAAUUUAGUUGUCUUCAUGAAGGUGAUAGGUAACAUUUAGAAUACGAUUUUCUUUUUUAAUAACACAAAUGCAUUUUCAUUAGUUUGUUACUGUAGGCUAUAUGGGGAAAAACACAAAUUCAAGUGUUGAAUAUAUUUUAUUAGUGGAGUGCCUUUUUUGUUACAACUAUGAAACAGAAAGCAUAUGUGUUGGAACACGGUAACAGCUUCUUUUUUUAUAAUGAUAAAAUAAAUACCCCAACCACCAAGGUGCACGGUCAAAACGCACGUUCAGAUGAUUUACAUUUCCACGUUAGUCAUUUAGCAGACGCUCUUAUCCAGAGCCACUUACAGUAGUGAGAUCAUAUACUGGUCCCCCGUGGGAAUCGAACCCGCAACCCUGGCGUUCCAAACGCCAUGCUCUACCGACUGAGCUACACGGGACCAGCUGGGCACUGCACUUUCAACUGUCGGAAGAAGGAGGGGAGUUGGCCCUACUGUUGGGAGAAGGAGGGGAGUUGGCCCUACUGUUGGGAGAAGGAGGGGAGUUGGCCCUUCUGUUGGGAGAAGGGGGGGAGCAGGCCCUACUGUUGGGAGAAGGGGGGGAGUUGGCCCUUCUGUUGGGAGAAGGAGGGGAGUUGGCCCUAAUGUUGGGCGAAGGAGGGGAGUUGGCCCUUCUGUUGGGAGAAGUAGUGGCAACGGGGAAAACCAUUCAUAAAAUGACAUGCCCUCCUAAAACGGCUUAUAACUCUAGUUCUGUUUGUGAUAUUAAGAUUCUAACACCGACAGUGUGUUGUAGACUUAUUUAGGAAAAGUCAAGGACAGAGGGGGGCAUGACUUACAAAAUGGCAGAGAAAUAAAUAAAAUUAAUGAGCAGUCUAAAUUACUGCUUUAUCUGUUCUAGUGUUAAAGGGUUAGUUGGGGGUUUGGCCAUGAAGACCUUUUUCUACUUCCCCAGAGUCCGGUGAAAUCGUGGAUACCGUUUUUAUCUCUCUGCGUGUAGUUUGAAGGAAAUUGCUAACUAGUGUUAGUGUAGCAUGCUAGCUGUUCUCAUAGACUUCCAGUCAUUGCGCUAACGCUAGUUAGCAUUGGCUCUGGAAACUACCUUUAACUUCCUUCUUACUGGACGCAGAGACAUAAAAAUGACAUCCACAAGUUCAUCGGACUCUCAUAACCAGAACUAUCCCUUUAACACCGUUCAGUCUGGAUCUAUUACAGUUUGUCAUUGUCCUGUUUGGUGCUUGUAGGAAGGUCUGUCAGAGUUUGAGGUGGUGAACAUGGAGGAGAGGACCUCCGAUACCCAGACGGUAAGUACCAAUUUUCACACGGGGGCUAGUUAACAAUAACGCGACUCAAAUGAGAUGUUUGGAAACAAUCCAGGUUCUUUAUGUAAUUUGGUUCAGGUUAGUCGACCUACAUUCAGGACCACUCGGUGCAUCUGUUUGUGUCUAGAUAGAUCAACUUCAGCAAGAUUGUACAGUGUGUGUGUGUGUGUGUGUGUCAUAACUUCUGGUCAACACAGUUAAAACACUGAACAUUGAACAUGUCAUACCUGGUGAUGAAUCUAAGAGCUUGAAAGCAGCUCCUCAAGUUUCAUUUCCUUAGCUCUCUGGUCUCUCUGGUCAUUUCUCCCAUAUCAGGAACUUCUGUCUCUCUUCUCUAGUGAGUCAACCUCUAACUCAAUACUGGUAGUUCAACAUGAGUCAGCACAGGGAAUGGCCACGAUUUAUUACUGACCACACACACACACACACACACACACACACACUCUCACACUCACACACACCUGCUGUUAGGGAAUGCCUGACGGGGAAGAAUAUCACAGUCACAGAAUAUUCCAGCCAGAUAUGGUAUUGAGUCACAUGGCAUAAUGACCGUCACUGAUAUACACGUCAUCACCCAAAGUAUAGGAAAACUGACACAUUUCCUCAAGUCUAUAAACGGAGCUUCUUUAUGAACGCUUCAGCAUCUCUGACUCCAAUCUUAAUGGAGUUUUGCUUUGUUGUACAGUAUUGCAGGAAAUGUAUAGGACUGCAUUGCAUAUAGGAUAUGGAGCAUUACUUACAUGACCAGUCAAUACGACACAGAGGGACUGUCUCUCUUGUGUGUCAGUAUAUCUAUCUACAGGCUGUAUGAUUCAGAUAGGACUUUUCCUUAUUUUUAUACAUCCAGUAUCCACGAGACUGGAGAGAGAGAGAGAGAGAAAUCUAUGUGGUGUUUUGACAUUCCUUGAUUAGUGUCCUGUCCAGUCAGUAUGGUGGUACAGAGGGUCUGACUGAGUCUCCCUGGUGUCCAUCUCAGGUCCUCUGUUUUACUAUUGUUUAACUCUCUUCCUUGAGCUAUCUUAGUUUCAUAUUUGUCUAGAAAUGUAUUGUUUUAAAGUGCUAUAUAGAUAUGUGCUAUAUAGAUAUGUGCUAUAUAGAUAUGUGCUAUAUAGAUAUGUGCUAUAUAGAUAUGUGCUAUAUAGAUAUGUGCUAUAUAAAAAGUUUGAUUUGAUCUCCAGACUGGUACGGGAGCAGGGCAGCUGCCUCCGGAGAACCAGGAGUUAGCCAGCCAGCUGCAGCGUCUAGAAGGCUCCUUCAGUAUCUUUGCUGAGGAGUCCAACCCCAACCAACUCCUAGCCCACCUGGGACGCAUGGCCGUCGAGUUCCACCACCUCUCCUCCAAGGUCCAGAAGAAUGAGCAGAGGACGUCCCUCCUACAGGUAACUGACAGGGAGAGGGGCAGGUUGGGAGACAGACGGGUAGACAAAUGGAUAGGCAGGCAGAGAAGUAGAGAAAUAAAUAUAGUAGGCCUAGCCUAUAGAAAGCUGAUGGGAUCCUCCUCUUUUUAAGAGGCCAUCAACUCUGUUUUGUCACGUAAUUGCACAGCCUAUAGAAAUGUUGCGCAACGUGCUCAUGGGCUCUCAUGAAGUGUUUGAUUUGUUUUUCGAUAACAUUUGCAUUGAUGUCAGAGUGAUUAGAGGGACAAUAGAGUGCUGAGUACCAGGCAGUUAGCGAGUUUGGUAGGCUGCUAAUGACCAUCAGCGGCAUCAGAACUUGGAGAAGCCUAAUUACCGUGACUAAACGGUCACGUGGAAUUUGACUGCCUUCAUGACUCGGGACCGCCGGUGUGUCGGUAAUACGGUCACCGCAACAGCCCUAGUCCAGGUGCGACAAAACUAGGGCCUGUAGGACCUGCUUGGUUGAUUUUUAGAUGUCAGGAAAGCAGAGCAAUGCCUUAUCAUGGACAGACCUCUUCCCAUUUUAGCAACCAUUGAGUCUGUUUUGACCAGGACAGCUUGCUAUCUAGGGUUACACCCAGCAGUUUAGUCUCCUCAACUUGCUCAAAAGCCACAUUAUUCAGUAAUAGAUCUAGAUGAGGUUUUAAGGUUGAGCGAGUGAUUUGUCCCCAAAAAUGAUACUUUUAGUUUUUGAGAGAUUUAGCACCAGCCUAUUGCUAGUUACCCAUUCUAAAACCUGACUGGAGCUCUAUGUUAAGGGUGUUAUUUAUUUAUUUUACUGUUGUAGCUGACGUGUAUACGGUUGAGUCGUCAGCGUACAUAGACACACAGGCUUUAUUCAAGGUCAGUGGAAGGUCAUUAAUAAAAACAGAAAUCUGUGUUCCAUUAGAUGGGUAAUCCAUAAUAAGGCAGAGGAUGUAAAUCUUCUUUAUCAAUUUCUUUCAGCCAAUCAUCAGUAAUUUGUGUCGGUGCUGAGCAUGUUGAGUGCCGUUCCCUAUAAGCAUGCUGAAAGUAGGUUAAUUUGUUUUCUGUAAAAUAAAAUGUGUAUUUGGUCAAUGUUGGCGUCUGCUAAAUGACUAAAAUGUAAAUGUAUAUGUCAAACACUAUUUUUUUCCCACAGGUUUGCUAAGCACUUGUUAACAGGUUGAUUUGGUCGGCUGUUUGAACCAUUUAAAGGGAGCUUUGUUAUUCUUGUGCAGUGGAAUGACCUUCGCCUCCCUCCAGGCCUGAGGGGGCACUCUGUCUUCUAGGCUUACAUUGAAGAUGUGGCAAACAGGAGAAACGUGUUCCGCCACCAACUUCAGCAAUUUACAUUUAUUUAAAUGUAUUUAAAUUAUUAUUUAAAGGUUGUCGGGUACCAGGUGGCUUGUUCUGAUUUUAUAGAUGGCAACAGUUUUUUCCGCCCUUCCACACCAACUUUGUGGAACUCAAAAUGACAGUGCUUGUCUUUUCAUUAUUUGGUACAUUUAUGCAUUAAUAUGAAGGCUCAGCAUUUUGUUGUCUGCAUGUCAUGCCUAAGUUUUCUAAUGUUGUCAACAAAAAAUGUAUUCAAGGGGUUGGCAAUAUCAAAGGGUUUUGUUACGAACAGGCCAUCUGCCUCAAUGAAGGAUGGAGCUGAGUUCGCUUUUUUGCCUAAAAUUGUAUUUAAGGUACUCCAGAUCUUUUCCCAUCCUUUAUAAUGUAUCUUUGUUCUACAGCAGGGGUGUCAAACUCAUUUUAGCUCAGGGGCCACAUGGAGGAAAAUCUAUUCCCAAGUGGGCCGGACCGGAAAAAUCAUGGUGUAUAUAUAACUUAAAAACAACAACUUCAGAUUGUUUUCUUUGUUUUAAUACGAUCAACAUACAACAUAAAGCUGGAGCCUGAGGACAGUGUGUCCAAAAUAGUACAAGCACAACAUCACUAUUAAUCAUAAAACACGUCAAGUUUAUUUGAAAAUUCUAAAGAAAAAGAACACACAAACACACAAUGCCUCAGUGAUUAACAGAACUGUUUCACAGAUCACAGAACUAUAUCAGGGUGUCAUUUCUCAGGCAGAAAUGUAGAUAAAAAUAAUGAAAUCCUGUUCCCCAAACAAGUGCAAGAACCACAGAGUCAAGAAUAGGUUAAAUAUACAAAUAAAAUAAAAACAAUUAAAAACAAUAGCACAUCAACAUAAAAACAUAUAAACAUAAAGCUGGAGCCUGAGGACAGUGUCCAAAAGCACAACAUCACUAUUAAUCAUAAAACACCUCAAGUUAUUUGAAUGUUCUGAGGACAAAAAACACACAAUGCCUCAGUGAUUCACAGAAGUAUAUCACAGAUCACAGAACUAUAUCAGGGUGUCAUUUCUCAGGCAGAAAUGUAGAUAAAAAUAAUGAAAUCCUGUUCCCCAAACAAGUGCAAGAACCACAGAGUCAAGAAUAGGUUAAAUAUACAAAUAAAAUCAAUUAAAAACAAUAGCACAUCAACAUAAAAACAUAUAAACAUAAAUCUGAAAGCUUGCUCAAACUCCCGUAACAGUCCCGUUAUUUUAUCUUUGAACCGCUUCAUGUCUGCCACAUGUUGGGUCGCGCACACAUUUUUCAGACAGGGGAAGUGAGCUGCAUCACCACCGGCAAGUUGCGUCUCCCACAAUGACAGCUUCAACUUGAAAGAACGUAUGCUGUCAUAAUACUGCGUGACAACUUUGUUGCGCCCUUGCAGCUGUUUGUUCAAGUUAUUCAGGUGCUCUGUAACAUCCACCAUAAAUGCAAGGUCCUGCAUCCAUUCUGCGGAAUGAAAUUCUAACACUGGUUUGCCCUUUUCUUCCAUGAACUGUUCAAUUUCUUCUCGUAAAUCAAAGAAACGCCUCAGCACAGCACCUCGGCUUAACCAUCUUACCUCAGUGUGGUAUGGCAGGCCAUAGAUGUGGUCUUUCUCUCUGAGAAGGCUGUCAAACUGACGGUGAUUCAGGCUUCUGGAUCGGAUGAAAUUAACAGUUUGGAUGACCACCUUCAUGACGUUAUCCAUCUUUAAUGACUUGCAACACAAAGCCUCCUGGUGCAAAAUACAGUGAAAAGUCAAAAAAUCACGUCCUCCAUUUGCAGAUUGCACUUUCUCUCUGAACUUUGUCACAACGCCUGCUUUUUUUCCCGAUCAUUGAGGGCGCACCAUCUGUAGCCAGGCUGACAGCGCGGGACCAGUCCACUCAGACCCUGUCCAGCGCGCCGACAAGUGCGGUAAAAAUAUCAGCUGCUGUCGUUGUAUCUGUCAUCGGCACCAACUCCACGAACUCCUCGGUGACGGUCAAUGUGUCAUCAACUCCGCGGAUGAAAAUGGCCAGUUGUGCAACAUCUGUAAUGUCCGUGCUUUCAUCAAUUGCAACCGAAAACGCAAUAAAUGACUUUACUUUUUGCUUCAACUGGCUGUCCAAAUCCACUGAAAGAUCAGAAAUCCUGUCUGCAACUGUGUUUCUUGUCAGGCUGAUAUUUGCAAAAGCCUGCCGCUUUUCAGGGCACACAAUCUCCGCUGCCUUCAUCAUGCAUGUUUUUACAAAUUCACCCUCACUAAAUGGUUUUGAAGCCACUGCGAUUUCAUUAGCAAUGAGGUAGCUAGCUUUCACUGCAGCGUAACUGAUGUCUCGGCUGUGAGUAAACACAUGCUGCUGUUUCUUCAGACCCGCCAACAGUUCAUUCACCUUCUCUCAUCUCCGCUGUCCUUGAAAGUUGUCAUAUUUGUCGGCAUGAAGACUCACAUAGUGGCGACGAAGGUUAUAUUCUUUCAGCACUGCAACAUGCUCUGAACACACCAAACAUACAGCUUUCCCAUUCAAUUCAGGGAAUAAAUAGGAUGACCAUUUUUCUUGGAACACUCUGCACUCUGCGUCCACUUUUCUCUUUUUUGACAGAGACAUAUUGGGGCAAUGAGGGUGCCAAAGCACAUAAUGUUAAAAGUAGAAGCCGUAAUAAAUAUUGCGGGCAAAACAAAGUAGCUCAUUGGCUGCACGUGCUUGACCUACUUGCUCUGCCCCGGUAUAAACAGUUUGCUUGCUUAACACAAUUGCUAUUGCGCCAUCCAGUGGACGCAAUUGGAACAGCAGCUUAUUAUAUAGAAAAAUUGCAGCGCAUUUUUAUACUUUACCAAAUUUUUUUUUUUUUUUAUUAUCUCGCGGGCCGGAUUAAACCCGUUUGCGGGCCUGAUCCGGCCCGCAGGCUGGACGUUUGACACCCCUGUUCUACAGUAUAGUUUCUUAUUUUUGUUUAGUUACGUGAUUUCUAAAUUGACUGUAUGUUUGCCAGUCUGCUGUGUUGUCAGACUUAUUUGCUAGUCCCUUUGCCGCAUCUCUCUCAGCCAUACAGUUUUUCAAUUCAUCUAUCCAUGGGGAUUUGGCAGCUCUAACAGUCAGUUUCUUGAUGAGUGCAUGCCUAUCAGUAACUGGAUAAAGCAAUUUCAUACACUUCCAGUUAAACGUUUGGACACACCUUUUUAGAACACCUACUCAUUCAAGGGUUUUUCUUUUCUUUUUACUAUUUUUUUUUACAUUGUAGAAUAAUAGUGAAGACAUCAAAACUAUGAAAUAACACAUAUGGAAUCAUGUAGUAACCAAAAAAGUGUUAAACAAAUCAAAAUAUGUUAUUUGAGAUUCUUCAAAUAGCCACCCUUUGCCUUGAUGACAGCUUUGCACACUCUUGGCAUUCUCUCAACCAGCUUCACCUGGAAUGCUUUUCCAAUAGUCUUGAAGGAGUUCCCACAUAUGCUGAGCACUUGUUGGCUGCUUUUCCUUCACUCUGCGGUCCAACUCAUCCCAAACCAUCUCAAUUGAGUUGAGGUCGGGGAAUUGUGGAGCCCAGGUCAUCUGAUGCAGCACUCCAUCACUCUCCUUCUUGGUAAAAUAGCCCUUACACAGCCUGGAGGUGUGUUGGGUCAUUGUCCUGUUGAAAAACAAAUGAUAGUCCCACUAAGCCCAAACCAAAUGGGAUGGCGUAUCGCUGCAGAAUGCUGUGGUAGCCAUGCUGGUAAAGUGUGCCUUUUGAAUUUUAAAUAAAUCACAGACCGUAUCACCAGCAAAGCACCCCCACACCAUAAUACCACCUCCUCCAUGCUUUACGGUGUGAAAUACACAUGCAGAGAUGAUCCGUUCACCCACACCGCGUCUCACAAAGACACAGCGGUUGGAACCAAAGAUCUCCAAUUUGGACUCCAGACCAAAGGACAGAUUUCCACCGGUCUAAUGUCCCAUUGCUCGUGUUUCUUGGCCCAAGCAGGUCUCUUCUGAUGAUUAUUCUCUUCCCUGUGUUCAAGAGAGUGUUGUAGUCCUUCUUAAGUUCCUCAGAUUGCCGAAAGCGAAUGUCAUUAAAGCCAACGUGAGUGACUAUGGUGCCAAUGUUAGAGUAGUUGGCUAGGGCUGUGGGCAGGAGGGAAUUGAUGUCUCCGACACAGGCGCCUGGGCGACAGUGGAUCUUGGUCGGCCCACAGGCCGUAGGCAGGCCAAAAUCUCACACCAUCGAGCUCCCCACGAUAACGGUGGUUGUGAUGGAAUCUGAUGGGGAAGGAAGAGGGGGAACCAAACGGGUCUGCCUCGGCCAGGGUGGAGGUGUGUGUCUUGGUACAGGAGGAGAGUGCUGUCUUACUAAUGCUUGUCCCUCUGUUUGUCUAGACUCUGUGUGAACAGCUCAGACAGGAGAACAAUGAGCUGAGAGAGAAGAUGGAGGAGGACCUUCAGUACAGAAACAGAGAACUGCUGCGGUGAGUUUUUUUUCAAUUAGACUUUCAGCUCCCCAGGGGAGAGGGGGAGUGUGAGUUUAUUAUUGUGAAUUUAAACUGAAUGUUGACUUUAUACUGUUUUCUGCUCCCAAGUCAAGUUUAGGACUUUGUUCGAGUUUAUUGAGCUUAAAUAAAGGCGAUGAGUAGACUUUCACUUUUCUUUUUCAAGAUGAUUCUCUGUCCAGCAACUACAGAGCUUCAAGUGAAGUGACAGUUGGCCAAAGUUUUUUGAUGAUUCUGGAAUUGCCCUAAUAUUCUCCCUACCUCAGUAGGGUGUUCCCAGCGGAUAUCUAUGGCUCUGACAAGCUACACAUUACUCUACUAAACACUGGGAUAAAGUCCCUGUAACUGCAUAGUAACACUAACCCUGCUUUCACUCUCUAGUCACUGCAGACAGGAGAACCUGAAGCUGAAAGAGCUGGUAACGGGAGGAGGAGAUACUGCAACGGAGAGCGAGGGUCAGCCAGAAGCCAAAGAAGAUGUGGUGAAAGAGGAAACUGCCAGCGUUAGAUCCAAGAUGGAGGUCAGCACACCACAGAAGGUAUGCAAAUCCUGCUCCAGAAUGGAUGGGAUGGCACCUGUCUGGUUCAGAGGAUUUAAAAGCUGGGAGAGAGAGAAAGGGGGAAAUGAUCAGCAUUGAUGUCUAGGAAGCCACAGCAUCAUUUAGGGACGUGUGUGUGUGUGCGCUGUUACAGUAAAUACCCUUGUUUCCGUAUUGUGUAUUGUCAGGAUGAGCCAGAUCAUUGCCAGGCAUCACAGUAGUGGUAUAGUUAGCGUGUCUGAUGUCACAUCCUAAUGUACAGUUUGAGGAUGUGACUGACUUCCUCAUUUCAUAACACGCUGCAGUACUUCCAAGUAUUACUGUAAUGUUGGUGUGUGAUUUUCGGUCAGUGUAGAAUGUCUGUGAGAGACUUCCCAGGUCUGUCGUGCAAAUGCUUAAAAAAAAUUGUUUUUGUUUUAUACACUAUUUGUAUAAAUGGUGAUCUGUACCAGUGCGGGGAAUUUAAGAGCAAUGUUUCAUAUCCCUGUCCUGUUGCAGAGUGGGCUCAGAAUCAUCAUGUUUCAUAUCCCUGUCCUGUUGCAGAGUGGGCUCAGAAUCAUCAUGUUUCAUAUCCCUGUCCUGUUGCAGAGUGGGCUCAGAAUCAUCAUGUUUCAUAUCCCUGUCCUGUUGCAGAGUGGGCUCAGAAUCAUCAUGUUUCAUAUCCCUGUCCUGUUGCAGAGUGGCUCAGAAUCAUCAUGUUUCAUAUCCCUGUCCUGUUGCAGAGUGGGCUCAGAAUCAUCAUGUUUCAUAUCCCUGUCCUGUUGCAGAGUGGGCUCAGAAUCAUCAUGUUUCAUAUCCCUGUCCUGUUGCAGAGUGGGCUCAGAAUCAUCAUGUUUCAUAUCCCUGUCCUGUUGCAGAGUGGGCUCAGAAUCAUCAUGUUUCAUAUCCCUGUCCUGUUGCAGAGUGGGCUCAGAAUCAUCAUGUUUCAUAUCCCUGUCCUGUUGCAGAGUGGGCUCAGAAUCAUCAUGUUUCAUAUCCCUGUCCUGUUGCAGAGUGGGCUCAGAAUCAUCAUGUUUCAUAUCCCUGUCCUGUUGUAGAGUGGGCUCAGAAUCAUCAUGUUUCAUAUCCCUGUCCUGUUGCAGAGUGGGCUCAGAAUCAUCAUGUUUCAUAUCCCUGUCCUGUUGCAGAGUGGGCUCAGAAUCAUCAUGUUUCAUAUCCCUGUCCUGUUGCAGAGUGGGCUCAGAAUCAUCAUGUUUCAUAUCCCUGUCCUGUUGCAGAGUGGGCUCAGAAUCAUCAUGUUUCAUAUCCCUGUCUCUAUGAAUGAAGCUGAAAAAUGAAUGUAGUGCAAAAUGCAUCAUUGUGACAAGUGACCAUUUGCUUUUUCAAGGUCUUAUAUCUUGACAAUGUGAUUGCUGACAUUAAAUAAACAUUUUGGGACUGUACCAACAGUGGACUAUGGAGGAAAAAAGACCCUCCAAAAAUAGUUUUAAGUGUAUUAUUCCUUUUUUAAGAAUCAUCAUGUUUUAUAUCCCUGUCCUACAGCAGAGUGGGAAAGCCCCAGAGAAGGAGAAAGCCCCGGCCAAGCCCUGUGACCCAGAGGCAUACGAGAAGAAGAUCAAGCUUCUAGAGAAGCAGAGGAAAGACGUGAGUCCCUCUGCUCUCAACGUUACAUCAGGUGUCCUCUUUUACAUAUGGAAAGGUCUUUGUGAAAAAUGUGUGUGUGCGGCUCAAAUUACACCCUAUUCUCUUUUUAUAGUGCACUACUUUUCACCAGGGUCCAUAGUAGUGCCCUAUAUAUGAAAUAGGGUGCCAUUUGGGAUGCACCCUUGAUUAGGUGUCCUGUUUUCGUGUGUAUGAUGUGUUGUUUUCAGUUAUAUUUCUGUUGUGAUGAUGAUGAUGAUGAUGAUGAUGAUGAUGAUGAUGAUGACAGGUUCUGGACGUGAACAAGCAGUGGGAUGUCCAGUGGAACUCUAUGAAGUCCCAGUUUGAACAGAAGGUAUGUUAUCUCACGCUCACUCACUCUCUCUCACACACACACACACUCACACCACCUCGUAGUAAACAGCUUUGCUGCACAAACUACAUCUGGAAUACAUAAUACAGAAGAGAUUAUCUGAAAACACACAUAGUAACCUGAUGGGAAACACAUAGUAACCUGAUGGGAAACACAUAGUAACCUGAUGGGAAACACAUAGUAACCUGAUGGGAAACACAUAGUAACCUGAUGGGAAACACAUAGUAACCUGAUGGGAAACACAUAGUAACCUGAUGGGAAACACAUAGUAACCUGAUGGGAAACACAUAGUAACCUGAUGGGAAAACACAUAGUAACCUGAUGGGAAACCACAUAGUAACCUGAUGGGAAACACACAUAGUAACCUGAUGGGAAACACAUAGUAACCUGAUGGGAAACACACAUAGUAACCUGAUGGGAAACACAUAGUAACCUGAUGGGAAACACAUAGUAACCUGAUGGGAAACAGACAUAGUAACCUGAUGGGAAACACAUAGUAACCUGAUGGGAAACACAUAGUAACCUGAUGGGAAACACAUAGUAACCUGAUGGGAAACACAUAGUAACCUGAUGGGAAACACACAUAGUAACCUGAUGGGAAACACAUAGUAACCUGAUGGGAAACACACAUAGUAACCUGAUGGGAAACACACAUAGUAACCUGAUGGGAAACACAUAGUAACCUGAUGGGAAACACAUAGUAACCUGAUGGGAAACACAUAGUAACCUGAUGGGAAACACACAUAGUAACCUGAUGGGAAACACAUAGUAACCUGAUGGGAAACACACAUAGUAACCUGAUGGGAAACACACAUAGUAACCUGAUGGGAAACACACAUAGUAACCUGAUGGGAAACACACAUAGUAACCUGAUGGGAAACACGCAUAGUAACCUGAUGGGAAACACACAUAGUAACCUGAUGGGAAACACACAUAGUAACCUGAUGGGAAAGGUGCAGUCUUGUUUACUAUGCAGUGUGUACAUAACCAGUGCAUUCGGAAAGUUUUCUGACCCCUUUACUUUUAUUCUAAAAUUGAUUUAUAUUUUUUCCUCAUCAAUCUACACACACUUUCUCAUAAUGACAAAGCAAAAACAGGUUUUUAGACAUUUUUUGCAAAUUUAUAAACAAAACAGAAAUACCUUAACUAUUCAGACCCUUUGCUAUGAGACUCGAAAUUGAGCUCAGGUGCAUCCCGUUUCCAUUGAUCAUCCUUGAUGUUUCCACAACUUGAUUGGAGUCCACCUGUGGUCAAUUCAAUUGAUUUACAGCUGCCACACAUGAUAUGUGCGUGAAAGUGAAGUGGAUGUCAUUGGACCUGCGCAUACAAGAGACUAGGUGACUUUGCUUAAAUUCAACUGACUUUCUAAAGAACCUGCUGGUGUAAAAUGUUUAGAUUGGUAGGGCUGGGCCUCCCGAGCCACUGCAUCGCAGUGCUAGAGGCGUCACUACUGACCCGGGUUCGAUCCCAGGCUGUGUUGCAGCUGGCUGCGACCGGGAAACCAAUGAGGGCGGCGCACAAUUGGCCCAGCGUCGUCUGGGUUAGGGGGAGGGUUUGGCCGGCCGGGGAUGUCCUUGUCCCAUCGCGCUCUAGCGACUCCUUGUGGCGGGCCGGGCGCAGUGCACGCUGACUUCGGUCACCAGCUGUACAGUGUUUACUCCGACACAUUGGUGCGGCUGGCUUCCGGGUUAAGACAUUGGUGCGGCUGGCUUCCGGGUUAAGACAUUGGUGCGGCUGGCUUCCGGGUUAAGCGAGCAGUGUGUCAAGAAGCAGUGCGGCUUGGCGGGGUCGUGUUUCGGAGGAUGCAUGGCUCUCGACCUUUCGCCUCUCCCGAGUCCGUACGGGAGUUGCAGCGACAGGACAAGACUGUAACUACCAAUUUGGAUCUCAUGAAAUUGGGGAGAAAAAGGGGUGAAAAGUAUAUAUAUUUUUUUCUUUUAAAAGAAAGAUGGUGGUAUCAUAUGAAACUGUGUUCUAAAAUGUUGGUAUCAUUUACCAGUAUACCAUGCAACACUAGUUAUAACUAACUCAGAGAGGGUACAGCCUCAGUGUUCACAGUAAACAUGUGCCGGAAGUUUCAAAGAAUUCUCACAACAUUCAAGUUUGCACUCAGCAGACCUGAAAUUAGCUCAGUGACUUAGAAGAAUUUGAGGGAACAUUACCCUUUUAGUCUACCCCCCCCCCCCCCUCAAACCGCUCAACAUAUGGUUUGCGUCAUUCGGCUGGGUCUGUGGGUCUAUACGCAAACACAACCCUGUGUAACUGCGUACAACUGCUCUGAUCCAGUUCACUGGGUGCUAGUUUCUCUGCUACUCUGUAUGAAAUGAUGAUUCUGAUAACCUGUUUGUCUCAUUGAAAAGACACCAAUACUCCCUGUUUUUAAAACAGUUUGAACCCCCCCCCCCCCCCCCCCCCCCCCCCCCCCCCCCCCCCCCCCUUCAAAUCAGAUCACAGACCUGCGUCAGCGGCUGGCGGACUCCCAGAAGGCCGUGCAGGAGCUGGAGGCGGAGCGAGAACACAGCCAGCGGGACUACGAUAAGAAGCUGCUGCUUGCCAAGUCCAAGAUCGAGAACGUCCAGGUGAGAACGAACGUACAGAAACCUAGUACAGACCCAGCAAUGUCCUCAAGACGUAUACAAACCCAACGACAUACACAACACACACAUACAAAACACACCAUUUUUGCUGUGUGUGUUGGUGAGUGUGCAGUCUUCACUGCUAUGAACACUUGCGUGUCAGCGUGUGUGACAACUGCUCCAACCCAGCCCACUCAGAAUAGCCAUGGUCCAUUUGAGUAUCUCUCACCUGUCAUUUUGUCACAAUGACUGUAUAUGAAUGGACUCAAUAGUGCGUUGGAAGUCAUAGAUGUAUGUAGACAUAACAUGCACAGAUUAAGCUACUCCAGAAAGUGACGUUGCAGGCUAGCUCAGUGCUGCCCCCUCUCAUUGAGUAUCUUAAGAUGAAGGCCAACCGGGGUACUGCAGGCUGCCAGUAGCAACUGAAUUAUCCUUGUAACUUCUGUGUGCGGUUAUUCUUUUUUAUAUAUUUUUUUAAAACCAUGAUUCAUUCUCUCUCAAGAUUGACCAUGAAUAUCGAACAUUGCCAUUUUCCCAUUCACUAUAAUGGGGGGUUCUGUUUUCUGAAAACUAUGCCUGCAGUACCGUGGGUAGCCUUGAAGUUCAUGGCUUCAAUGAGAGGUGGCAGUCGCUCUCCCCUGGUCUGUCAGAAUCAUGUGUAAAGUGACUAGCUCCAGUGGUUCUGUCCUUUCACCAAUCAGGUUGUUGUUCGUUAUCACUUUUGGUUUAAAGAAUAGCUGCUGUACUGUCCCCUGGUAUGGCCUUGCAGGAUAUCGAAUUUCAGCUUUCUGCGAUUACAGGAAGUGACUUAAUUGGGGGUCAUAGGGGCGGCUUCGAAUCGACCCAAAGGCAUUUUUUACCUCCAUUGGACACGAUGGUCUUGCAGUUCUGCCUGCCGGCCGGUCGGUCACUCUGCCUGCCUGCCUGCCAGUCUGCCUGCCGGCCGGUCGGUCAGUCGCUCUGCCUGCCGGCCGGUCGGUCGGUCGCUCUGCCUGCCUGCCGGUCUGCCUGCCAGUCUGCCUGCCGGCCGGUCGGUCAUUCGCUCUGCCGGUCGGUCGGUCGCCCUGCCUGCCUGCCUGCCGGUCUGCCUGCCAGUCUGCCUGCCGGCCGGUCGGUCAGUCACUCUGCCUGCCUGCCUACUGGCCAGUCGCUAUGCCUGCCUGCCGGUCUGCCUGCCUGCCGGUCGCUCUGCCUGCCUGCCGGUCUGCCUGCCUGCCUACCGGCCGGCCGGCCUGUCUGUGGGGGAUAGGGAGGGAGAGGGAUCAAAAUCAAAUUUUGUACAUGCACCAAAUAUAACAGGUGUAGACUUUACCUAGGGCUGGGCGAUAUGGCCUAAAACUCAUCUCUAUUUUUUAUUAUUUUUUACUUAUGGUCGAUUCACAGUGCCUUGCAGAAAUAUUCAUCCCCCUUGGCCUUUUUCCUAUUUUGUUGCAUUACAACCUGUGAUUUUUAUUUGGAUUUCAUGUAAUGGACAUACACAAAAUAGUCCAAAUUGGUGACGUGAAAUGAAACUUAACUUGUUUCAAAAAAUGCUAAAAAAUAAAUAACGUAAAAGUGGUGCGUGCAUAUGUAUUCACCCCCUUUGCUAUGAAGCCCCUAAAUGAGAUCUGGUGCAACCAGUUACCUUCAGAAGUCACAUAAUUAGUUAAAUAAAGUCCACCUGUGUGCAAUCAAAGUAUCACAUGAUCUGUCACAUGAUCUCAGUAUAUAUACACCUAUUCUGAAAGACCCAAGAGUCUGCAACACCACUAAGCAAGGGGCACCACCAAGCAAGCGGCACCAUGAAGACCAAAGAGCUCUCCAAACAGGUCAGGGACAAAGUUGUGGAGAAGUACAGAUCAGGGUUGGGUUAUAAACAAAUAUCUGAAACUUUGAACAUCCCACGGAGCACCAUUUAAAUCCAUUAUAAAAAAAUGGGACCACCCAUACACAAAAAAUGUAUGCACGCAUGACUGUAAGUCGCUUUGGAUAAAAGCGUCUGCUAAAUGGCUUAUUAUUAUUAUUAUUAUUAUAACCCUGUGACACAUACUGCAGUGUAUUGAGAAAAAACGUCAGCUACUGUGACAUUUUACCUUUUUUGCAAAAACAUGCCAGGUCAUUGUUAGGUCACCAUUGGAGUACCAACAGGUCAACUUUAACCUGAACGUCUCUGACAUGUGGAACGUCCUUCAGUCUGGAUUAAAAACUGUGAAUGAACUCUGAAACAGUGGAGUUGAAGCAGGUUGUGGUAAUGUUGUAUGAAUAUUUUCAGGGGGAGAAGGAGUGUCUGAACUCUGAGACCACAGAGUUGAAGCAGAAGGUUCGUUACCUGCAGGAUCAGCUGCUGCCCCUCAGUAAACAGAGAGGGUACCAGGAGAAGGAGAUCCAGCGCCUCAACAGGGUCAGUGCUGUGUGUGUGUGUGUGUAUACUGUGUGUGUGUGUGUGUGUGUGUGUGUGUGUGUAUACUGUGUGUGUGUGUGUAUAUACUGUGUGUGUGUGUAUACUGUGUGUGUGUGUACUGUGUGUGUAUACUGUGUGUGUGUGUGUGUACUGUGUGUGUGUAUACUGUGUGUGUGUAUACUGUGUGUGUGUAUACUGUGUGUUAUCUAACUUACUCUGUCUCCCCCUGGCACCCUUCAGGCUCUAGAGGAGGCCCUGAACCUGCACCCUCACCCCUCCUCCUCCUCCCAGCAGCCACUGGGCCAGGGCACCAGCGGUAACCACGGCGAAGGGCCUAGUAACUUGAGGAGCCAGGAGCUGCUCACUCAGAUAUUAGUGUUAAAGGAACAGGUUAGUCUGACACCCUUUCUGCGCUAAUUGAUCCAUUUCAGUGAUUGGAUACAUUUCGCGGAUCAACUGGCAAGUGUCUUCACUGACAUUUUCAACCUGUCCCUGGCCGAGUCUGUAAUACCUACAUGUUUCAAGCAGACCAACAUAAUCCUUGUGCCCAAGAACGUGAAGGUAACCUGCCUAAAUGACUACCGCCCCGAAGCACUCAUGUCGGUAGCCAUGAAGUGCUUUGAAAGGCUGGUCAUGGCUCACAUCAACACCAUCAUCCCGGAUACCCUAGACCCACUUCAAUUCGCACUCCACACUGCCCUUUCCCACCUGAACAAGAGGAACACCUAUGUGAGAAUGCUGUUCAUUGACUACAGUUCAGCGUUCAACACCAUGGUGCCCUCAAAGCUCAUCACUAACCUAAGGACCCUGGGACUGAACACCUCCCUCUGCAACUGGAUCCUGGACUUCCUGACGGGCCACCCCUAGGUGGUAAGGGUAGGCAACAACACAUCUGCCACGCUGAUCCUCAACACGGGGGCUUGCUUAGUCCCCUCCUGUACUCCCUGUUCACCCGUGACUGCGUGGCCAAGCACAAAUCCAACAUCACCAUUAAGUUUGCUGACGACACAACAGUGGUAGGCCUAUCACCGACAACGAUGAGACAGCCGAUAGGGAGGAGGUCAGAGUCCUGGCAGUGUGGUGCCAGGACAACAACCUCUCCCUCAAUGUGAUCAAGACAAAGGAGCUGAUCAUGGACUACAGGAAAAGGAGGGCCGAACACGCCCCCAUUCACAUCAACGGGGCUUUAGUGGAGCGUGUCGAAAGCUUCAAGUUCCUUGGUGUCCACAUCACCAACCAAACUAUCAUGGUCCAAACACACCAAGAAAGUCGUGAAGAGGGCAUGACAAAGCCUAUUCCCCCUCAGGAGACUGAAAAGAUUUGGCAUGGGUCCUCAGAUCCUCAAAAAGUUAUAGAGAUGCACCAUCGAGAGCAUCCUGACCAGUUGCAUCACCGCCUGGUAUAGCAACUGCUCGGCAUCAGACCGUAAGGUGCUACAGAGGGUAGUGCGUACGGCCCAGUACAUCACUGGGGCCAAGCUUCCUGCCAUCCAGGACCUAUAUACAGUGAGGGGAAAAAAGUAUUUGAUCCCCUGCUGAUUUUGUAUGUUUGCCCACUGACAAAGAAAUGAUCAGUCUAUAAUUUUAAUGGUAGGUUUAUUUGAACAGUGAGAGACAGAAUAACAACAAAAACAUCCAGAAAAACGCAUGUCAAAAAUGUUAUAAAUUGAUUUGCAUUUUAAUGAGGGAAAUAAGUAUUUGACCCCCUCUCAAUCAGAAAGAUUUCUGGCUCCCAGGUGUCUUUUUAUACAGGUAACGAGCUGAGAUUCGGAGCACACUCUUAAAGGGAGUGCUCCUAAUCUCAGUUUGUUACCUGUAUAAAAGACACCUGUCCACAGAAGCAAUCAAUCAAUCAGAUUCCAAACUCUCCACCAUGGCCAAGACCAAAGAGCUCUCCAAGGAUGUCAGGGACAAGAUUGUAGACCUACACAAGGCUGGAAUGGGCUACAAGACCAUCGCCAAGCAGCUUGGUGAGAAGGUGACAACAGUUGGUGCGAUUAUUCGCAAAUGGAAGAAACACAAAAGACCUGUCAAUCUCCCUCGGCCUGGGGCUCCAUGCAAGAUCUCACCUCGUGGAGUUGCAAUGAUCAUGAGAACGGUGAGGAAUCAGCCCAGAACUACACGGGAGGAUCUUGUCAAUGAUCUCAAGGCAGCUGGGACCAUAGUCACCAAGAAAACAAUUGGUAACACACUACGCCGUGAAGGACUGAAAUCCUGCAGCGCCCGCAAGUUCCCCCUGCUCAAGAAAGCACAUAUACAGGCCCGUCUGAAACUUGCCAAUGAACAUCUGAAUGAUUCAGAGGAGAACUGGGUGAGAGUGUUGUGGUCAGAUGAGACCAAAAUCGAGCUCUUUGGCAUCAACUCAACUCGCCGUGUUUGAAGGAGGAGGAAUGCUGCCUAUGACCCCAAGAACACCAUCCCCACCGUCAAACAUGGAGGUGGAAACAUUAUGCUUUGGGGGUGUUUUUCUGCUAAGGGGACAGGACAACUUCACCGCAUCAAAGGGACGAUGGACGGGGCCAUGUACCGUCAAAUCUUGGGUGAGAACCUCCUUCCCUCAGCCAGGGCAUUGAAAAUGGGUUGUGGAUAGGUAUUCCAGCAUGACAAUGACCCAAAACACACGGCCAAGGCAACAAAGGAGUGGCUCAAGAAGAAGCACAUUAAGGUCCUGGAGUGGCCUAGCCAGUCUCCAGACCUUAAUCCCAUAGAAAAUCUGUGGAGGGAGCUGAAGGUUCGAGUUGCCAAAUGUCAGCCUCGAAACCGUAAUGACUUGGAGAAGAUCUGCAAAGAGGAGUGGGACAAAAUCCCUCCUGAGAUGUGUGCAAACCUGGUGGCCAACUACAAGAAACGUCUGACCUCUGUGAUUGCCAACAAGGGUUUUGCCACGAAGUACUAAGUCAUGUUUUGCAGAGGGGUCAAAUACUUAUUUCCCUCAUUAAAAUGCAAAUCAAUUUAUAACAUUUUUGACAUGCGUUUUUCUGGAUUUUUUAGUUGUUAUUCUGUCUCUCACUGUUCAAAUAAACCUACCAUUAAAAUUAUAGACUGAUCAUGUCUUUGUCAGUGGGCAAACGUACAAAAUCAGCAGAGUAUCAAAUACUUUUUUCCCUCACUGUACUAGGCGGUGUCAGAGGAAAGCCCAAACAAUUGUCAAAGACUCCAGUCACCCAAACCAUAGACUGUUCUCUCUGCUACCGCACGGUAAGCAGUACCGGAGUGCCAAGUCUAGGUCCAAAAGGCUCCUUAACAGCUUCAACCCCCAAGCCAUAAGACUGCUGAACAAUUAAUCAAAUGGCCACCUGGACUAUUUACAAUAUCUGCAUAGUCACUAUACCCCUACCUAACUACAUGUACAAAUUACCUGGACUAACCUGUACCCCCGCACAUUGACUCUGUACCGGUACCCCCUGUAUGUAGCCUCGUUAUUGUGUUUUUUAAACUUUAGUUUAUUUAGUAAAUAUUUUCUUAACUCUAUUUUCUUAACUACAUUGUUGGUUAAGGGCUUGUAAGUAAGCAUACACCUGUUGUAUUCGGCGCAUGUGACACACCAUUUUAUUUGAUUUCACCUACCUGGUGUCCCAGGUCUACCGCAAAAUAGUUGAACUCACCAACUUAUUACCCAAUAUAAUCAUCAUCCCUCACCAACUUAUUACCCAAGAUAAUCAUCAUCCCUCACCAACUUAUUACCCAAGAUAAUCAUCAUCCCUCACCAACUUAUUACCCAAGAUAAUCAUCAUCCCUCACCAACUUAUUACCAGAGGUAAUCAUCAUCCCUCACCAACUUAUUACCCAAGAUAAUCAUCAUCCCUCACCAACUUAUUACCCAAGAUAAUCAUCAUCCCUCACCAACUUAUUACCCGAGGUAAUCAUCAUCCCUCACCAACUUAUUACCAGAGAUAAUCAUCAUCCCUCACCAACUUAUUACCAGAGAUAAUCAUCAUCCCUCACCAACUUAUUACCCGAGGUAAUCAUCAUCCCUCACCAACUUAUUACCAGAGAUAAUCAUCAUCCCUCACCAACUUAUUACCCAAGAUAAUCAUCAUCCCUCACCAACUUAGUACCCGAGAUAAUCAUCAUCCCUCACCAACUUAUUACCCAAGAUAAUCAUCAUCCCUCACCAACUUAUUACCCGAGGUAAUCAUCAUCCCUCACCAACUUAGUUCCCGAGGUAAUAAUCAUCCCUUUGCUGUAUCUACUCUCUCAGGUGAAGAUCUUUGAGGAAGACUUUAGGAAAGAGCGGAGCGACAGGGAACGAAUGAACGAGGAAAAGGAGGACUUGAGGAGACAGGUGGAGAGACUGCAGGGUCAGAUGACCAACCUCACCAAUCAGGUUAGGAGCUGCUUUCUACUAGGGCUGUGUCCCAAGUGGCACCCUAUUCCAUAUGUAGUGCACUACUUUUGACCUGAACCCUAUGGGCCCUGGUCAAAAGUAGUGCACUGUAUAGGGAAUAGGGUGCCACUUGGGACACAGACUGUUUCACAGCACUUUGCAUUGAAUAGGGAGGUUCUCAUCUCUUCCACCUCAAUGUGUUGGUUUUCCUGACGUGUUCAUCCAUUUCUGUUGGCUUGUUCCUCUGUCAGCUUCACCCGGCCCAGAACGAGUGUUCGAGAGAGAGAACAGAGAGAUGCAAGCUGGAGAGACCACAGAUGCAGCAUCAUAAACGGGUACUGUAGUCACCAGGCCUCAGUCCCUUCUCAUCUCCCACUAUAGACAGCUUGGCUUCAAAUGGCCGUGGUGAACCUAGUCAAUUAGCACCGGUAUUAUAGGUUAACCCCCUCAGUCCAUCAGACUGGCACAGACAGACAGACAGACAGAUUGUCUUCACAUGGCUGUGGUGGUAAACCUAUCAGACUAGUUCUCCCUAGCACUUAAAGACAUUCCUGAAGUAAUGACAGCAGUAGGAUGGAUUUUUCUCCUGAUUAGAUAAGUACAAAUGGCUGUGUGCUGUGCUUCGCUUCCUUCCAGUCUGUUUGAGGAGCACCAACUCGGGCUGUGCUUUACUCUCAAACUAGUGGAACAUUCCUCUGCCUGGCUGAAAACAACUCCUCCGUAUUUGCAGACGUAGAUCAACUAGAUCUGUUGCAUAAAUCCAAGUGACUGGGCGCUGUGCUUCUUCUACCUGGCUGCUUACAUUUACAUUUACAUUUUAGUCAUUUAGCAGACGCUCUUAUCCAGAGCGACUUACAGUUAGUGAAUAUAUAUAUUUUUUUUUAUACUGGCCCCCUGUGGGAAUCGAACCCACAACCCUGGCGUUGCAAACGCCAUGCUCUAUCAACUGAGCUACAUCCCUGCCGGCCAUUCCCCUCCCCUACCCUGGACGACGCUGGGCCAAUUGUGCGCCGCCCCAUGAGUCUCCCGGUCGCGGCCGGCUGCGACAGAGCCUGGAUUCGAACCAGGAUCUCUAGUGGCACAGUUAGCACUGCGAUGCAGUGCCUUAGACCACUGCGCCACCCUGCCUUACUCUGCUCUGACCGGGGUUACCACGGUGUGUGUGUCCCUAAUGGACCCCUAGCCACCACUCCUAGAUCAUAGCUACUGACAGAGGAGCUUUUUCUCCUUGCCACUAUACAUAUACUUGCUCUUUGGAAGCUUAGGCCGGGUUACCGUAAAGCACUUUGACAAAUUAUGUAAAAAGGACUAUGAAUAAAAAUGUGAUUGACUGACAUUUGUGCUCUCUGUUCUGCUUUGGUCCAUCAGGGAUUCCCGUGGCAGUCGCCGUUCCCCCAUCCCAGAGGCUCCAGGGGGCCCGUAGCAGGAGCAGGGGACGGAUCCAGACCACCUCCAGAGAACAUGGGUAUGCGGACACAAUUUAUGGCUAUGGAAAAGGGUUGCAAAAUUCUUGUAACAUUUCCAAAAUUCCCAGGUUUUCCAGAAAACCUGUGUCGUGGAAAUUUGCCACCUAGAGACACCUGAAGUCAAUUUUAAAUGAAUCAUUCUUUAUUAUCAGCAAGCUGGAGAGGUCACAUUCAAACUUGGAUGCAUAAAGUACCGGUCUGAAGUGAGCUGUACCGGGGCAGUCCCAUUAGUUCCCUUAUAUACUGCUUACACAGACAAGUAAUAUUUGCAUGAUUUAGCUUAUUCAUAAUUAAUUCAUCAUUUAACGUUUGGUUCAUGCAUGUGACCGACAAAUAACUCACGAGGCUUCUUCUCUCCAAGCUGAAACUUUGAAACUGAGAUACCCCUUUUCGUUCUCAAAACAAUGUUCUGGGCGUACUGCCAAAUUGCAGAUACUGAUAGUGGGGAUUCCUCCCAGGCACAAUCAAUCAGUCACUUGCAUGAACCCAGUCGAAUUGGUUAUUAGAAAAGCACAAACAUAAUAUUUUCCUUCACAUUCCCUCGUCUUAUCACUUCAGUGAUAAUAAUCGUUACAUUUUAAAGGAAGCAUUAGAUUAUAGCUUCUAUUAAAAGGUUAUAUACUUCUAUUAAAGUAAGGGAAAUCAACACAUUAAACCAGACACUUCAUCAUUUCAAACCCUUCAUUCUGGGUUAUACAAUAUAAUUAGUAUGGGAAUACUAUCAUCAUAAUAAAGGUUAUACUUUUAUUAACAGGAGUGAAUCUAUCAAAAAAAAACUUUUUCCUUCACACCUGGUUUGGAGAGCACCUGGAAUCAGGAUGCAUAAGCAGGAAAUCCUGAAUCCUCCAAUCAGGAUGUCUGGUUGGGAAGGUUACUGUAAUUUUGCAACCCUACCAGGGAAACAUGCUUUUUUUUUUUAGCAAAUCUCUCGCUUUCUUUCUCUCUCUCAUCCAUUCACAAACGGUCUCUUUCACUUUCCCAUUCUGUCUCUCUCGCUUUUUCUGUUGUUCUUUGAUUGGCUGAUUUUUGUGUGAUCAAUGAGAGGUUAAACCUUUUCCUCUAUUCGGUCUAUAGAUCAGUCCACAGCAACUGGGUUUGGAAAAAGAGAACGACAGAAUAUUGACCCUGGAAAGCACUAAGGGCCUCUCCACCUCUCGUUCCCUCACCAUGGGACCAGCUGGGUGGUAGAAGCAUGAAUCAGUUUUCAGUUGACCAGGUGUGAUUUGAACUAUCAUUUUCCUACAGAACUGUAGAUAUCCUGUUGUAAUGUUGUUUAUACUUGCCUUUUUAUAAGCACACUUGUGAAACAGUUUUCGCUAUUCAGAAAUAUAUUACAUGAAUAUUAUUAUUUAGAUUUGUUUCUUUUUUUUAACCUCAUAAUAUUUUUUUUGAGAUUCAAUAUCUGCUUCAUAUGAUUCUAUGCAGGAACUGAAGUCAUUUGUUUAAUAGGUUGAAAUGAUGAAAAUGUAAUAUACCUAUGCGAUUAUCAGCUAUUUUACAAAAGCUGUUUUGUUACUAGUAGGGUUAAGGGGUCCUAUUCACCCCAUGUCAAUAACAACCAAUACUACUUGUAUUCAUUCCAACGAUAUAUAAUUAUAUAGGUAAAUUGCCUUGGAAUUGGAAUCAUAGAA